AUGGGACAGUCCAGCAUAUUGCGCAGCGCUAGCGCCUCGCUCGCUUACCGCACCUCGAAUUUCGACGUCCACUACGACGACAUCGACUCCUCAACGCAGCCGCACCCAAGAAAGACCUAUUCGCCGUCAAUCUACAAAUCGAUCAAAAUGGAGAACGAACGUGGAGAGCUCGUUGACCUUUACGUCCCCCGCAAAUGCUCGGCCACCGGACGCAUCAUCAAGGCCAAGGACCACGCCUCUGUCCAGCUCAGCGUUGGCAAGGUUGACGAGAACGGUCGCUACACCGGCGAGAACCAGGUCUACGCUCUCUGCGGUUUCGUCCGUGCCAUGGGCGAGAGUGACGACAGCUUCAACAGGCUCACACAAAAGGACGGCUUCCUCAAGUCUGUCUGGAGCGCGUCCCGGUAA